AAAUGCUUCCCUUCAGGUUGUGGCCCUGUCAAGUCCUUAGCUUCAGGUGAGAGACAGAGAGAGGAAGGAUGGAGGCUAAAGGGGCCCCUCAUCCUUCAAGAGCAGAGGUUUGAGGGGAAGAAGCGAGGAAGCAGGGUGAGGGUGGAAAUUCGGCCAAAAGAUUCAGAGCUUGAGCUAUUCCCCGGACAUCAUCUGAGGGCUGAAUAUUUUUAUGUUUUUUCUAGUGUGUGUUUGGAGCUGUUGAUAUUUGCUCUCCUCUCUGCCUUAUGUAUGUCCUCGAUCUCUCCCUCUCUCCCUCUCUCUUGCAUCCUCCCCUCCCCUCCCCUCAGCCUCAAUCACCCAGACACAGACGCAUGCAUGCUCACGCAGAAUCGCGCGCAGCAGGCGGAUGCGCGCAUACACACUUUCUCUCACACACACAUACACACACGUACACACACACACACACACACACACACACACACACACAUACUCACACACCCUUCCUGGAGGUGCUGGGAGCAGCUGCAGCAUUAGCGUUGAAAGAGAUUUGCCGUUGACUGGAGUUUGCAUCCCCCCCUGUUAAUGAAUGGAUGCUACGGCGAUAGGCUCGGGAGCUUCUUCCGUUGGAUUGCGGGAAACGGUGGAUAUCUAUUCUUGAAAUUUAUUUAUUUAUUUCUAUGCUCUCCAUUUUUUUCUCCCCACCCUCUCCUGGUGUGCUGUUGUCGAAAGGACGAUGGGGUCUUGUGCUUGAUCGGAUAAAGAUGGAGGUGAACGUGGCGUCUCCGGUGCUUGGCAUACUAUUGAGGUUUCACUGCCCAUUAGGGUGAAUGGAGCUUUUAUUUCUGUUUUUUUUUUUUAAGUGGGCUCUUUUGUUUUCCGGGGAUCGGCCGAGCACUCCUGUGGUGAAUUGAGCUAUUGUCGAAGACUGGGCCUCUUAAGCUUUGAAUCUUUGACCAUCCAUCCAUCCCCUCCCUUCCUUCCCUUGUUACCUUCUACUCAAAAGGAACAAGCAGAUCCCAAAACCUCCACUGAAAUCUCUCCUCACCGUCCUCCUUGCUUCCAAUGCCCCAUUUCCCUCAUCUCUACCCCUGCCCCCCCACCUCUCUCCUGCUCCCUCCUCCCACAUCAGAGCGGCUACGUAAUGUGCCUCCCUACGCAUGCAAAUGGGGAUGCUACAAAUGGUGGCUGGGACUGAUGCCGAUGAAAGGGUGAUGCCUCGCGCAAUCACCUGCACCUCCGCCGCCGCUGCCAUCGCUCCAGAUCAGCCUGGGAGAGCCCAGCAGCCGAUGACAACCACCCACAGUGCGAACACAGUCGUUUGUAGCUUGCUCGUGGAUGUAAAUGAGACGUGUGUAUGUGUGUGAAGGUGCACACUGGUUCCUGCCAUGUCUGGUGUGUGAUCGCUCUAGCGGGACGUUCUUACUGAUGCGGGGGAGGCACUGAGCCUGAGGUUGGUCGACCUCCCCCUGCACACCCCCCCUUCCCCUACCUCCCUCCUUCCUUCCCCCUUCUCCCCCAUUCCAACCUCCCCCCUCCCCUCCCUCCCCCUUAUCCCAGAAGCCCCAGGGGUGAAGGCCACCUGGUAAAGGGGUCACGAUGAAGAAGAACCGCAGCAGCAAUCUGCGGCGGGCCUGGCCCAGCUCGGAGCUUACCGAACGCCCGCUGGAGCACAAUCUCUCCCGUAGUGAGAAAGACAUCCGUGUGCAGAAGCAGCAUCUUCCUCCCCCUCCUGCUCCUCAUUUCUCUCCGUCCCCGCCAAGUUAUCGUGCGCCAGGUGACGUGUCUCCGAUCAGUAUGUCACCUAUCAGCCAGUCACAGUUCAUCCCGCUGGGGGAGAUCUUGUGCCUGGCCAUCUCUGCUAUGAACUCUGCCCACAAGCCUGUCAACCAGGAGGCUCUGGUGGAGCACCUCACUGCCAGCUUCCCAGGCGUGCCUACACCCAGCUCAGAGGUUCUGAGACAUACCCUGAACAUGCUGGUGCGAGAGAGGAAGAUCUACCCAACUCCAGAGGGCUACUUCAUUGUCACCCCCCAGACCUACUUUAUCACUCCUUCCCUCAUCAGAACCAACAACAAGUGGUAUCACCUGGAUGAUCGGCUCCAAGAGCGCCAGCCACAACAGUCACAGCAGCAGCAGCAACAACAACAACAACAACAACAGCAACAACAACAACAACAACAACAACAACAACAGCAGCAGCAGCAACCUCAGCAAUGCACUUCGCCACAGUCUGGCAACGCAACGCCAUCCACACCUGGCUGCCUGAGAGAGAGGCCUCCUCGCAAGAAUCACAAUGACUCAUACAACUCCUAUCGCGAAGACUCGUCCAGACUUCACAGCAGUAAGUCACCAAAGGAGCACAGGGGAGAUUCUUAUCAAACUAAGCCGCCCAAGGAUCACAACGGCGGGGAACCUCCACCAAGCACUUCAGCCAAGGAGCACCGAGGAGAACCGCCGUCAUACCCUUAUCCCCCUCUUCCCACCUCCCCUCCUGUCCAGCAACCGCCGCCUCAAGAGCCCGCUGAUAAGAGCAAAAGCAUCACUUCUUUUCCUUAUAAAACUGACACUCUGACCAAAAAGAAAGAAGGAAGUGGUGGCGGCGGAAGUGGUGAGAAGCAAUCCAAAAGGUUCGGUCUCAGGCUCUUCAGGCUGAGUUUCAAGAAGGACAAAAUGAGGCAGCUGGCCACCUUCUCAGCCCAGUUCCCCCCAGAGGAGUGGCCUCUUCGUGACGAGGAAGUGCCAACCACGCCCAUUCCCCGCGAGGUGGAGAUGGAGAUAAUCCGCCGAAUCAACCCUGACCUAACAGUGGAGAAUGUGGCAAGGCACACGGCGGUGAUGAAGAGGCUGGAGGAAGAGCGUACGCAGAAGAACAAGGCGGGGUCUUCAGCCCAGCACAGUGCACGAAGCAGGAGGGGGAGGGGCCACAGGAGGGCCCCACAUGGUAAGUCUCGUUCACACAGCAAGCCCCGCACCUCCAGGGGAGACCCGUCUGAGGGCUCAAACUGGGACCUUUUGUUCAUGGAAAGAGAUUACCGCUUCUUUAGCCACUCGUUAGUUCGCUCGCCUCGGGAGGCCAUGUACACCUUGGAGCGCAGGCGAAGUGGAGGUGCAACAUACCUGGUCCAUAGCAACCCCAACAUUACUGAAUCGUACUGCCCUGUUACCCCUGAGUGGGACGUGUCUGGGGAGCUAGCCAAGAGACGGACGGAGAUGCCCUUCCCUGAGCCGUCGCGCGGGACAUGCCAGUCCAGAGUGCAGAGAAGUCACAGUCACAAUCAGGACAGGAAGUCGCGUCACGAGAGGUCAGAUCAAGCUAAAGAACGCUCUCGAUCCAUGGACAACUCCCUCAAGGGCCCGUCGCUGGGGGCGCCAGAAGACUUCGAACCCACUCUGGAGGAGCGUAGUCAUUACUACACUGAUGAUGGCACCCUGCGCGCCACGCAGAAAUCCUCCCACUACUCAAGGAUCAUGUUCUCUGCUGCUAAGUUCCACUCUGAUUUUAAUGUGCCUGAUUUGGGGAAAGGGAGUUUGGACGAGUCAAGGAUCCGGAGUACAAUGGAGAGGAACAAAAGCAGAGACAGCUUGCCAACGUACAAUGAGCUAAUGGGACUUUCUCCUAAGCCCUCAACAGAUGAGUACUUCCAGUGCAAUACGUCAAAUGAAACAAUCCUAACUGCCCCUUCGCCUCAGGCAAAAUCAGAAUAUGACACAUUAACCUCAUCAGGGGGACUCCGAAAGGGCUCUCCGGCUGACCGCCAAACGCCUCACCUCACCUCUCCUCACACGAUGGAGUACAAAGAGGACUUGUCGGCAGCAAAGGGACAGAACGGCUCGGUGCGACUGACGCCAAGCCAGACGCCAGAGCCGGUGCAAAAUGCCCGUUUGACGCCACACCAACACAAUGUAGAUCCCGGAGGGGGAGGAGGCGGUAUGGUGAUCAAGAGGAAAGAGAUCUUCAGCAAGGACACUUUGUUCAAACCUCCACACAAUGCCUUGUCCACAGGCUACGUGGACAGCAGCUACACCAAGUCCGGCACAUUGCGGAAAGCCUCACAUGCCAAAUCAACAGAGGCCCUAGACAAUCCUGAGCCCCAGCAGCCUUCCAAUUCAGCCACUUCCUCACCGGCAGUUUUACAGGGCUGCUUAGAGCCAACAGUCCCCUCCGCCUCCUUUGACUAUUAUAAUGUAUCAGAUGAUGAGGAAGAAGAAGAGGCAGAGGAGGACUCGCACAAAGAGUUGGCGACGGCAGAGGACAACAAAGACCACGGGGAAGUGGGUGGUAACGGUGGAGGCGGUGGUGGUGGUGGGGAGGGAACCAUGCAGUGGCUACUGGAGCGGGAGAAGGAGCAUGAUCUGCAGCGGAAACUGGAGACCAAUCUGACCUUACUCAGCCCCAAGGAGACGGAGAACAGCAGCAGCCAGAAGUCGGCCCACUCUGCCCGUUUGGACAGCAUGGACAGCAGCAGUGUCACGGUGGACAGCGGAUUCAACUCCCCCAGGACGCGUGAAAGCCUUGCAUCCAACACAUCCAGCAUAGUGGAAAGCAAUAGACGGCAGAAUCCAGCUCUGAGCCCCGGCCACAUCGGCACCAGUGGCAUCGGACUGCCAUUCAGCUUUCGUGCCAUCCCAGAACCCCCCACCACGCAGCCUGAGAAACUCCAGAAGUCAUCGAACUGCCUGGCCUCCAUCACCAGCGUCUGACAGGCAGCACGGACUGAGACCAUGAACGAUGGUGGAGGAGAGAGAAAGUGAGGUGUUUCACCAUUUUGACCAUCACUUUCCUCAACCAAUACACACACACACAUACACAUAAACACACACACAGUCACACACAUCUUCAGACUCCUGAGAAUCCAUUUACUGGGACUGUUACAAAAACAGGCAUGGCUUCAAGAGACUGUUCCCACAGCUUCAAGAACUUUACUGCAAAAAAGAGAAGAAAAACUACAGAUUAUCAAGACCACUGUAGGUGAGGACACCUACCAGAAGUACUUUGAUUUUUGGUGACAUGGACUCUAGUUUGGCUUAUAUCAAGAUUCUUGACUAUUGGUAUUGGAAAGUAGUAGACUAUAGGAUUCAAGUUACAUUUGGAAAUAUCAAAAAACUUUUUAUAUUACUUAACAAUACAUGUCCAAUUAAAUGUUCUCCUUCCUGAAAUAGCGUCAAGUUCUUCAGGACGAUUCAAUGUAUCAGCACAAUGUCGAGACAAUAAAAGUUGAUCCUGAGAACAACGAAUGAAAGAUAUAAAAACAUAAAUCAGCUCAGAUUUGUGUACCGCAAUGCAAAUGAUGUAUGUAUACUCGAUACUUUUGAUAUCCUAAUUAUUAUAAUGGUGGUAUUAAAGAUGCUAUGUGACCAAAAAAUGAUGUUUGGACAGAAUGAGCUGCACCUCACCCCGCUCGCAUGUACAUCACAGACACCUCACAAAACAGUCUCACCAUUAUUUACUGUCUGAUGUAGAGCUUUGAGUCAUAUCUAUGCCUACUUUCCAGGGAAGUGUGUGUUUUCUGAGCACUUUAAGGAAUUUUGUUCUUCGUGAUUGAGCCCAAGAGUUUAGAUUAAAAUCCAUUCGUGGCCUCAGAAACAGCAGUUAAGGAAACAAUCCUACCACAAGGUCCAUUUGUGACUGUUCUGGAGCUUUCAGUCACAUCACAUGAUCUUCCUCAACAUAAAAUCAGUCUCAAUGCAGUCAUUAGGAGGAACUGAUUUUAAUUAUUAAUAGGUUUCAUGAGUUUAAAGUGUGGUAAUAUUAUA